UUACAAUAUCAGCUGAUCCAUCGUAGACAUCUUUGAGAGUCACGACUACGGCGAUUAAUUCAUCCGCUUGUGUUUCAUUUUUUCUGCGGAUCUUAGACAGCUGCGACCAUGGCGCUCAGCGAUGCCGAUGUACAGAAGCAGAUCAAGCACAUGAUGGCCUUCAUCGAGCAGGAGGCCAAUGAGAAGGCAGAAGAAAUUGAUGCCAAGGCCGAAGAAGAGUUUAACAUCGAGAAGGGUCGUCUGGUUCAGACGCAGAGGCUGAAAAUCAUGGAGUAUUACGAGAAGAAGGAGAAGCAGAUUGAGCAGCAGAAGAAAAUUCAGAUGUCCAAUCUGAUGAACCAGGCUCGUCUGAAGGUGUUGAAGGCUCGUGAUGACAUGAUCUCUGAAAUGUUAAAUGAGGCACGCCAACGGCUGUCAAACGUGGCUAAGGACUCAAGCAGGUACCCAGCACUGAUGGAUGGUCUGGUUCUGCAGGGUUUCUACCAGCUUCUUGAGUCGAAAGUGACCAUUCGUUGCCGCAAACAGGACGUGCAAAUGGUCCAGGGAUCCUUUCAAAAAAACAUACCCAUUUACAAAGCAGCAGUGAAGAACAAUAUCGAGGUCCGCAUCGAUCAGGAGAACUACCUGUCUCCAGACCUCUCUGGUGGUAUUGAGGUCUACAAUGCCGAUGGGAAGAUCAAAGUGGCCAACACUCUGGAGAGCCGACUGGAUCUCAUGGCUCAGCAGAUGAUGCCUGAGAUCCGUGUGAAGCUCUUCGGCGCUAACAUGAACCGCAAAUUCAUGGACUGAGUGUCUCCGUGGUCUUACAGAGAAGCUGUUCUUUUUUUUUUUUUUUUUUUGUGUAAAAGAUUCCAUUCCUGUGUCUAUGAAAAAAAAAAUGCAAUUCCAACUCCAAAAAGACACUUUGUUUGUUGUUGUGUGAUGUAUAGUCAUAUUUGUGCAAAUUCUGGGACGGUAUAGAAGUUGCAACUUAAUUUGCGUUUGUAAGUGGGAGAUGUUUUUGCACUGAGGUAACUGCUGGUUUACUCCAUCAAGGGGUUUUUAGUUUACACACCUCAGUCAACAAUGUCUUGAUUGGUGAAAUUGGUUUAGUAUUUCAGACUCCGACUGAAUCAGCCAUAAGAGACAGAAUCUCUUUACUGUUUCAUUAUGGAUUCCUCCAUGUUGGCCCCACAUUAAUCUCUAACUUGACAAAUUGCAUGUAAGUAUCGUAAUAACAAUAGGUAUUUCUUGCCACCUAGCAAAAUUGAAGUAAUGUGGAAAAGUGCAAAGACCAUUUAUGUUUUAUUAAGUUGAGUUAAUUUAUUUAUGUUAAUAUCUACAUUGCUCUUGUCAGAAGGGGGAUGUAAUUCUACAGUAUAGGGUGCACAAUAUAUACGGUUUGAGGAUUCCCCAAAAAUAUUUGUACGUUUGUGCUUUGUUUUAUGUUGUUAAUUCGGAUUAAAUAUGUCCAUCUGAACAAGUUAUAUUGUGAAAAUAUGAUGUAAUAAAGUAUAAAUCAAGAAUGAA